AUGGAGAUCGAGGCCCCCACCUUCAUCUCGCUCAACAAGUCGCAGAAGCGCGCGCUCAUUCUCCGCGACCAGCUUCGCUUUGUCGAUCCGCAACAUCUGAAUGAGUUCCUCGAGGGCAUCGGUAAUGACGAGCCACCUACUUACACCAAGGUAAACGGCGUCAUCAAGCCUGAAUUGGUGUUGGUCACACUCAAAGAAGAAGCUACACGUUUCGAUCUCGGGAACGUCAUACUACCAGAAGAAAAGAACUCUAUAUACCGUGUCUACCUAGUGGUGGAGAAUGGUCAGAUCCAAAUGCAGGCUGAAGACCCAUUGGCACAGGAUGAAGACGUUCUCGACUCUCAACCCAUUCAUGGCUUCAUUGCUCGGACUAUGGUUCCUAUGUUCAAAGAGAAGUUCCAGGUCAUCUUUGCAAGGAUGAACAAGAUCAACGAAGCGAGGCGGGCCGCUUACAACAUGCCGAAUCAGGCGCCAUUUCUAUUCCACGAAGGAGAGACACUUGCAAGGCUCGAUCCAGCAAAAGCUGAGGAGGACCGCACUGUUACUCACGCGAGGAAGUCACGCAAGAGGGGACUACAUAAAGAUGUGAUUCAACAUGUCUCAAACAAGCGCAAGCGCACUGGUCUGGAUACGAUUCCUGAGGAUGCAAAGCGCAAGACGUUUGACACAAUCCCGAGCCACGUCAAAGUAGACCUAUUCGAUUCCCUUGUAAAGGCGGCAUUCCCGAAUUUCGACAACUUGAUGAUCGCGGCUUGGAACGUGGUCACAAUCUACACGGCUUGCGGUAGUGAUUUCCCAGAACUCCAUAGAGCCAUUGUCGACCUCAAAGGAGUCCUACAGGAUUUCGACGAGUCUUUUGGUCAACGCGUUGAUCGUGCCACACCUAAAUACAGGCAUGACUUUGGCGGACCUUCGCGGGACGGUGCGAACAGAGACAGCAACCAAGACCGUAACGGAACCCACGAUCAGGACCGUGGUCAGGACGACAGAUUUGAUGACGCUGGUCAUCAUGGCAGUCUCUUUGGGACUCCUGUACCCACCCUAGAACAGAACGGAGCAAAUAACGCUGAUCAGUUUGACGAUACCAGUACUAACGAACCGGCCCAGUUGCAAGACAGCAUCGAUAAACACACUGACGACACGAGAAAGUCUAAGAUGCCACUAUCACGCCUCUUGAAGCCGUUCCAGUCUCACGAGGAUCCAAACGGAGACGAUGAUGAUGGCGACCACACACCUGCCGUGGAUCCCCAUUUGGCUCACACACUCGAAGAGCACAGCACUGUUCACCAACCUCGUUCUCGUCACACGGCAGAAAUCCAUAUCGGCGGCAGCGUUCCCACUUCAGCAAACUCGUCACACAGUCAGCAGCACGCUCAACCUCCUUGCGAAAAUGUGAAGAAAAUCCGAGAGCAGGAAGUCGAUGAUGCCGACACUGAAGAUCGUGCUCUCAUCACACUACAAACCACACCACAACUCCAUGAUCAUCCAACUCCAACUUCCACUUCCACUUCCACGCCUAAGCCCAGGAACAAGAGGCAGCGCUACAGUUCUGAGUACAGUGUCGCCCAACUCGAGAAGAAGUACAAGGAACGCAAGGCCCACAUUCUCGGUACCUUUGAAAACAACAUGAACAAGGUCCCCGAAAAGCACCGAGAAGCCCUCCAGUCGAUGGAAGCUCUGAUUGAUGAGCGCAAGAAAGAUGAAGCUGAAAAGAAAGCUGACAAGAACAACGGUGCCCCCAAAGAGUCUGGACGUCCUGGUACCAGCAACAGUGGCAUGUUCGGUAAUUAUUCAGGCAACCCUUCCAGCAAUUAUCUAGGCAACUCUGUCCUGGGAGCCAAGAAACCGACAGGCGUCGCGCCUGUGGCUCCUAUGUUUCCAAACGGCUCCAGGAAAGACCCGAGGAAUGGUGUUGCAGUAGGUAGGAGGGGCAGCACUCCACCUUACGGACGCCGUCACUAA